ACACAAUGGCAUCUUCGUCGUCGCCCAUCGUCAUCCACAUACCUUCGCAGACCAACAACGGCGAGAUAACGGCCGGAACGGCCCCCACCACUCCGAAGGACGCCGGCGCCUCCACCACCACUGCUCCUACAGCUGCCCCGGCGGCGACGGACAAGGUCAUGUCCAGCGUCGCGAACCUGGCGCAGCUCCUGCCAACGGGCACAGUGCUGGCGUACCAGGCGCUGGCGCCGUCCUUCACCAACCACGGCAAGUGCGAGACCUCCAACCAGUGGCUCACCGCGGCACUCGUCCUCGUCCUCACCGCCAGCUGCCUCUUCUUCGCCUUCACCGACAGCGUCCUCGGCCGCGACCAGAAGCUCUACUACGGCGUCGCCACGCUGCGCGGCUUCAACGUGUUCAACUUCUCCAGCGAAGAGGAGAAGCAGGCCUUCGGUGCGGACGAGUUCAGGAGGCUCCGCAUCCGCCCGCUGGACUUCAUGCAUGCCUUCUUCACGGCGGUCGUCUUCCUCACCGUGGCCUUCAGCGACGUGGGGCUGCAGAACUGCUUCUUCCCCGACGCAGGCAAGAACACGGAGGAGCUGCUGAAGAACCUGCCGCUAGGCAUGGCGUUUCUGUCAAGCUUCGUGUUCCUUAUCUUCCCUACUAAAAGGAAGGGCAUCGGAUACAACGACACAACUCCUAAGCAGAAGGUCAAGUAAAGUUUAGAUGCUUGUCUUUGAGCAAUUAAAUUAGAAUCGACAUCAUAGAGUUAACUAGUGUAAUUAUGAUCGCCUGUUUUCUUGGAGUUGUGGUUAGCUUGUUCUUGCCAAAAUGGUAUC